AUGAGCAACCAACAACAAACCAACUCUUCGGGAGAUUAUUCCUCUCAAUUCGAACAAUCUAUCAAUGAAACAGUGGAUGAAUUGAAGAGUAAAAUGAAUUUAUUGGAAGAGAAAGUCAAAGAUGUUCUUCAAUUUGCCGACACUCUUCAACAAGUGGAAGAUUUGGAAUUUAGUGAAUGUGAGAGAUUGAAGAUAUUCUCAAUUAUCAACAAACAAUUUCCUUUGGAUCCACCGAAUUCAUCAUCCACCAUUAAUUCUACUACUUCGGCCAAUCUUCAUCAAGAAGAAGAAGGAGCACAAGAUGGCACUGGAGGAAACACCAACAUCUAA